AUGCCCCGCGUACAAGGGACAUGCAACAGACCAUGCUGCUCGUACAAGGGUCAAGCAUGCCCGCCCAACACUGGUCUUGACCCGGCUUUUGAUCUUUAUCCAUCGCACAAACCAUCGACGAUCUGCAGCAAGUACAUAUUUGAAAGACCAAAGCUAACUCCGAUCGCUGCGGUUUGA